UUCCUGAAGGAGGGCAGACCCGUGCCGUUGGUGGUGGCUGUGCUGUGGGGCUGCAGUGAGAAACAGACUCGGUAUUUUCUACUUCUUGGCUCUGAGAGAACUAUGCCAAAGAACAUCUCAAGGUAUUCUGACUGAUUCUGGCCAUUUCUGCUGACUCAUGCUGAUUCAGAGGAGCCUUGCUGUUCCUGUUGGAUUGUGUUGCCACAUGCUGAUUCAUGUUUGGUGUUUGCUAUUGGACUAGACUGCUGGUAUCCUGACAGCAUAGAGUGGAAUCACCCCCCCCCCCCCAAGGAACUACUUCUAAACACCUCCACAACCUCCUUUUUCUAUUCUCCCCUACCCCUGGUUGUUGAACCAUCUUCAUACCUGGUGUCACUGAGAACUCUUGGUUGGUUUGUUACCUGGAGAAUCCAUCUGUUCUGGACAAGAGAAACUGGAAGAAUAGGGCAGUUGUCUGUCUGAGCCAUACCAUCUGAAUUAGAGUGGCUGGUCCAGAAGCUAAUGAGUCUACACUGGAGAUCAGAGCUAGGGGCAUAGAUACCCUCUAUCCCCUCUCCACCAGAAAAUGCAACAGAAGAAUGGUGAAAUAAAUUUGAAAUGAGAAGUUUCUCCAAGGGGCAUUUCUGCCAAUGUUUGCCCCUGACCCCACAGGAGACCCACUGAAAGGUGACUGUGAAUCACUGAACCAUGGGAAUAUGGCUGAACGAAUCGUCUGUAGAUGGGUUCAUCCUCCUAGGCAUCUUCUCCCAGAGCCAGACUGACCUUCUCCUCUUCUCUGCAGUUAUGCUGGUCUUCACGGUGGCGCUCUGUGGGAAUGUCCUCCUCAUCCUCCUCAUCUACACUGACUCUCGACUCCACACCCCCAUGUACUUCUUCCUCAGUCAGCUCUCCCUCAUGGACCUCAUGCUGAUCUGUAACAUUGUGCCAAAGAUGGCAGUCAACUUCCUGUCGGGCAGGAAGUCCAUCUCCUUUGCGGGCUGCGGUGUACAAAUCGGAUUUUUUGUCUCUCUUGUGGGAUCAGAGGGACUCUUGUUAGGACUCAUGGCUUAUGAUCGCUAUGUGGCCAUUAGCCACCCACUUCACUAUCCCAUUCUCAUGAGCCAAAAGGUCUGUCUCCAGAUUGCUGGGAGUUCCUGGGCUUUCGGGAUCCUUGAUGGAAUAAUUCAGAUGGUGGCAGCCAUGAGCCUGCCCUACUGUGGCUCACGGUAUAUAGAUCACUUCUUCUGUGAAGUGCCGGCUUUACUGAAGCUGGCCUGUGCGGACACCUCCCUUUUCGACACCCUGCUCUUUGCUUGCUGCGUCUUUAUGCUGCUUCUUCCUUUCUCCAUCAUUGUGACUUCCUAUGCUCGCAUCUUGGGGUCUGUGCUCCGUAUGCACUCUGCUCAAUCCCGAAAAAAGGCUCUGGCCACCUGUUCCUCCCACCUGACAGCUGUCUCUCUCUUCUACGGGGCAGCCAUGUUCAUCUACCUGAGGCCAAGGCGAUAUCGUGCUCCUAGCCAUGACAAAGUUGUCUCAAUCUUCUAUACAGUUCUAACUCCUAUGCUCAACCCCCUCAUUUAUAGCUUGAGGAACAGGGAGGUGAUGGGGGCACUGCGGAAAGGACUGGACCGUUGCAGGGUUGGGAGCCAACAUUGAAAAGCCAUGGCCUAGUGCCUGGUUGUGUUGCCUGAUGUUUGUAUAUCAUUGGUAAGUCAUCUUUGUUUUUUGAAUCUCUGUUUCUUUAUAGAUAAAACAGAAUCACGACAUGUCCCUCUACCACAAGGAUUUUGUAGGGACCAGUUCCAAUGAAUCUGAAACCCCAUAGGGGAGCACUGCUACACUAUCAUUGUCAUUAUUGAUUGUUUGUAACAUCCUUGAAUUAAACAUACUCUUAUU